AUGUCGGCCAGUCGUCGCUUGCUAGGUGUUCGUAAUGCUUCGUUUGCACCGCAGUUGGGAAUUGAAGGUUUGGUAAGUGAAUUAACAUUUUACGAUUGUGUGAUACGUCUACAGGCUGACCAAAAUGACAUUUACACGUUACUGUACAUCAGAUGAACUUGACUUUCCCGACAACAUUUAAGUGUACGUCUAAUAGAGAAAUGAAAGUUGCUGAAAUGUUUAGGAUGACUAGAUCUUUUUUUUAUUGCCGGAGGAUCUUGAUUGCAACAGCAGGUUUUUAAAUUUAGUAGUUGCAGGUCAUAAUUUGGUAAGUACUUACUUAAGAAUGUUAUCGAGCAAGUUUCAUAACAGCGAUCGCAAGAUAAAUCAUAUCUUGACCAUUUCAUUAUCUUUGAACGAAAUAUAUUUACUUUCGAGGAUUUUUGCCAUUUCUUUACAUUCCUGUGGAACCACGCAACGUUCUUACUUUGCUUUACUACCUUGAACUAUUCGUUAUUUCAAUAUGAAAGGUUUAAUCUAGUUUUCUCUAAAUGUCUCUAAACGUGGAUUCUGAGGAAAUAUAUCGAAAGAUAGUUUUUAUACGCUUGAGAACGAGAGGUAUUUCCUUACUGGGUUUUAUAUUAUUAUAUUUCUGAGAUGACAAGAAAGCUAUGAAUAAAGCAACAGCAUAUAAUAGAUUCAGCUAUCGCUGAAGCGACAUGGGCGGAAAGUUUAUAAUCCACAACUUCACAUUAUUGCCAAAAUAUAAACUAUUUUCUUUGUCCUUUGAAGAUAUACAUGAAAUAUUAACCCCAAAUUCGAAUAUAAAUUGCCUCUUUCAAUGCAAGAUUUCAAAAAAAUUUUGCUGUCGUUUUAUGCUUUAAAGUAAAUAUGUAAUCGCAUCUGAGAUAACAAGAGUUAUUCCUAUUAAAAAUGUAAGGUAUAGAAUUUUUCUCCGAUAUUGUGUGGUCUGAAAUGACAAGAAACUUCUUUUAUCACGAUUUUAUCGAGCGCACUUUUUCUUCGCAAACCAGCAGGGUGCAUAUACGUCUGUCAUAGGAAAUGUAAAUUCCAUUUAUGGUUCGCUUCAAUCUGCGACCUUCCUGUUUCUUUUGCUGUUGCGUUGUAAUAUAUCCCGCCAUUGACACUGUCAUGCAGUUUAGAGUUUCGUUGAAACACUAUGCGCUGUUUCCCAGCGUUGAUUUUUACGCUUUAUUUCAUCGAACUGGUCACAGUGCUCGUCAUUAAGUAACUCUGGGAAAAGUUUAUUCAGAGGCUGGCCACGAAGAAGUCAAUUUCAAGGAACAGGUGAAUUCACUUGAUAUUUUUAGUAGACCAGCUGCAAUUAUCUUGGUGAAAAUUUGCAUUUUCCGAAUAAUUUUCAAAAUGGGCUCUCAAUAAAGGAUGAACGUUUUCAUAGAUCUCUUUUAUAAAAUCCUUUUAUUUCAAAUUAGGUCCCGCCUUACAAUUUUUCCUAUGUAUCAGUUUUGUCUCGCUUCAAGGAUGAUGAGGGAUCCUUUUUUAGGCCACCUCUUAUUUUGUGGAAAGAAGAAAAUUUUGUUCUCGCUCGAAUACAACUUUUAACCUUGCCUUCCAUCGAUUUGAUGUUUAUUGCAACUAAAAGAUUUCGAAGCAAAAAGAGUUAAACUUCUCAAGGGUUUUAAUACAAGAAUGGGGCUAAACUUUUAAAUGGGAAUCUUCGAACCAUCCAGAUGUGCGAAGAUGUCAAUGAUUUUAUGAUGUAUGAGUUUUCAUCACAAUUAGAUUGUGUCCAAACUAUUCCAAAAAGUGCUUCCAAAUUAGUAGUUAAUAAUUUAAUCGCAGGAAGUCAAAAGGCUUAUAAGAUAUCUGGAACACAAAGCACCGGACCCUGCUAAAGUAAUUAAGGCAAUUUAAGGCCAAAACAAACGAGAAUUAAAAAAUUCAGUAAAAGCUUCAACCGUCCGCACUUUUGAAAUAUCACCCACAGGCCGGAAUGUAAAACAAACUUCACGAAAUUAUGUUUCGAACUUUUAAUUUUAAAUAGAUGUUACCUAAGUUUUUGAGCACUUGAUGAUUAAAUUCUUGAAUGAAACUACGAUGUGUUGCCAGCUAGAGGAAGAAAUUUCAAAUAGUGUCUACUGUGUCGUCCUUUUACUGUAAACAUUAACUCUCGAGUAGCAUACGGUGUUUAUCACAUUGUCGACUUUGGUAUUUUGGUUUGAAAUUUUUAAGUGUGAGGAUAUCCGAAGCUGCUGACCACUGCUGUUAUAAGUUAUUCUCUCAGGAUAUGACGCGAUCUCGAUCAGUUCACUACAACCAUUACAGAAGCCUGUGCCAUAUACAUGUUUCGCAAAAGCGAAGAAAGAUUGACAAAUUAGUCGAAAGACUUUGAGCGAAAACUUUUACUGUGAUACUCUCUUUGAAUUUUAAAAUCAAAGAGGCAGGUUGUACGUUGCAGACGCAUUAAUUAUUAUAAGUCACGGGAGGUCUUAUUUUGUCUCCUCUUGCAGGUGAUGUCUCUCAGUCCCAGCUCAAAUUCUCGGCCCCAAGCCCAACUCCAUGCCUGCACAAUCCGACAUGACUCACUAUUCAAGGCCGUGUGGGACUGGAUUAUACUUGCGCUUGUCAUAUUCACAGCGAUAGAGAUUCCUUUCUCUGUGGCUUUUCUAAUGCCUCUACAAAAAGAUAGAGAAGAGGAACUAGAAGAAAAAACAAAAGGAGACUGGAGCUUUCUCAAAGUUACCCCGCUGCUCGUCUUUAACCUCUGUGUGGACCUCAUGUUUAUUAUCGACAUUUUCAUUAAUUUUAGGACAACUUUUAUCAAAUUAAACACGGAUGAAGUCAUAAGUAAUCCAAAGCAAAUUGCUCUCCAUUAUUUGAAAACCUGGUUUGUGGUGGAUUUUGUCGCAGCUAUACCUUUUGAAUUCAUGAUCACAACCAAGGUUGAUUCGGUAAGUAACAACAAUCUUGUGCCUUAUUUAAUAACCGCUGCCAUUGCUGUUUUAAUUCUCUUAAGUCGCUAAAUCUUUUAAGCGACUAAGUGUCAUUUUUCAUUUUCAUGGCAAUGAUUACACGUGACAUAUUAAAAACAACAAAUUUACAUUUUAUCCCAGUUUUCUGGGUUUCGAACGAUUAUAUUCUGAGAAGUCUUUUCUACGACAGACGAAAAUUGGGGAAAGAGUAACUAAGAAAUAACUGUGUUUUAUAAAGUUGGAAUUUUCAACGAGUUUUCAAUAGAGGUAAUACUUCAUUUCAAUUCAUUCAGGCAACAACAUUAUUUGGACUUCUUAAGACCGCACGUCUAUUGCGCCUGGUGAGAGUGGCGCGAAAACUGGACCGCUACUCAGAGUAUGGCUUAGCGGUAGUCAUAUUGCUCACGUGUCUCUUCACCCUAAUCGCCCAUUGGUUGGCGUGUAUCUGGCAUGGUAUUGGCUACUCAGAGAAAAGGAAUGACAUGGGAUGGAUACAAGAGCUAACGAAAAACUUAAACCUGAAUAGUAAUACAACAGGUCCAGAUCUCCAGACUCGCUACAUUACCGCUUUGUACUUUACUCUUAGCAGCCUGACAAGUGUUGGAUUUGGAAAUGUUUCCCCAAACACUGACGCUGAGAAAAUAUUUUCAGUUUGUGUAAUGAUAAUUGGUGGUAAGACUGCAAGGACCCAACAUUCAUUUAUUUUCAACUAGUUUUGUUGUAUAGGUUCAGAAACAGUGAUUCAUCUUUUUCUGAAUUGAGUGAUUCCUAUCUUUACCAGUUUUUUCAAUCCUUACAUAUAAACUGAUCCUAGAAUUGUAAGUGUUGAAGACCAUAAAAAAAGGGAAGUUUGCCAUUCAGUAGGCUUCCCUAACCCUUGUUUUCUGAUUUUUUCUACAUUUACCGCUUAGAGUGAAAAUUUCGAAAGAUUAUUUCAGUAGUCUGAAUUUGCCAUCUUCACAGCGGAUUGUCCUUUCCACAGCUCUCAUGUACGCCUCCAUAUUUGGUAAUCUCACUGCUAUCAUCCAAAGACUUUACUCGCGUGCGUCCCGUUUUCACCGAGAUUUGAGAGUCAUCGAGGACUUUGUCCGCUUUUACAAAAUACCAAAGGCCACCAAAGAGGAGUUGGAUGAGUAUUUUAGGCACGAAUGGGCUUAUACUAAAGGUGUUGACAUGGAAACAGUAAGUUAGUUUUUUUCUUGCUCGUCUGCUUGGAAGGUAAACAGGCAUGAACAAGCAUCUUUUAAUGCGUGUUUAUCAAAUAGGAUGUGUUAACAAGGCAAGACGCUAGAGAUCGAUGCAUUUUGGAGAGAGCGGAACAAAAUGAGAGAUUAUUCAGUCUGGAACACAAUUCUAACGGGGCCUAAAGGGAUAAUGGCGAUUAUUUAUAAUAUUAAUGUCAAUGCUCAGUUCUUCUGUACUCUCAUAUCCCGGUAGUUCGUGAAAUGAUUUAACCCUUUACUCCCAUGGGUGACCGAGACAGAAUUUCCUCCUACAAUAUCAAUACAAUAUAAAGCAGACAAGUGAUGAGAAUAAAGAAAAAUAUCAGUUAGGGGAUUAUAAGAUAAUCCAAUACCAAAUUCUCCACACUAACAUCACAAGAACUGUAUGGGAGAUAGUAAGGAGAAUUACUAAUGAGAUCUUGAGAGUUAAAGGGUUAAAUAAAGUUGAGGGCCAUACUUUUGAAACAUAAUUAAUAAUAAAUCUUUAAUCUCCUCUAUCCAGGUACUCAACCGCUUCCCAGAAUCCCUUCAAGCUGACGUUUGUCUCCAUUUACACAGAAAUUUAUUCACAGAAUGCGGGGCCUUCAAAACCGCUAGCGAAGGCUGUUUGCGGGCUCUUGCGCUGCGGUUCAAGAUUCGACAUUACCUGCCGGGUCAUUUCAUCAUUAAACAAGGGGACGAAGUGAAGCGACUUUACUUCAUAGCCAAAGGGAACAUUGAAGUUGUGAAAUCUGACGAGACCAUGUUAACAUUAGGUUGGGUCAUUACAUAUUCACUUUACCUUCUUUUAUAUGCCCAUGAAGUCAAAUACACGUACUUCUUAACAAAAUGAUCUGAACAAGGAAUUUUUAAAGGAAAAAGAAAUAGAUAAGAUUCUGCUUACUUUCUGGCAAAGAGGCUACCCCCACUUUCCUUUUUCUUUUCACCUUCUUUCAACCAGUCCUUAAAAAAAUAGAUAAAACCCAUGCAAUCUUAAAUACAACAACAACAGAGACAAUGGCAAUAAUGAUAACAAUUUAGAAGACAGAUCGAUAAAAAUAAUAAUAAUUCUCAUUACAACUGUGUCUAGCGUCACAGCACCAUUCCCUUGCAGUCUUGUUCACUAGAAAUGUUUUCCAGAUGCACGCCGCCUAGAAGUAGUUGUUCGUUUUGCACUUACAUUGACGAUUUUAAUUCAGAUUAGGUCUGUUAUCACGUUGUUCACUUUGGUAAAAAAAAAAGUCUGGUAGGUGUUCAAAUAAUUUGUAUCUUAACCAACUCAUGCAAUUUUAUUGACAGGCAAGGGUGAUGUCAUAAGUUGUGAUUACAGCACGGUACAGAGUAUGUACAUCCCAAAGGCUAACGCCAGUCUUCGAGUUCAAACACACUGUGAAAUCCAUUCUGUUGCCUGGUGCGAGUUAGUUGCAGUUUUAAAGGCUUACUCGUCGUUUCGAGAAGAGUUCAUCACACACCUCGAGUUGGCUUACAAUCUUGGUCACGAAGAAGAGGUAGGAAUGAGCGAAAUAAAAUGCACACUGCAGACAUGCAUCUUUCUAAAUAGUAUUUUGAUAUACAAAUGUGUUUUGGCACAUAUAUGGAGAUCUUUAACGAUGUAACUGCUUGAGAUUUAUUACUGAAAAAUUAAUUUCUGCAUAGGCACAUACCCUUAAGGAAUAUGUAAGGGACUGGCAGGCAGCUUUGAGUUGGUAAUCAUAUCACAUUCUCAGAUCGCUUUUUAAGAAAGCUUUGUUGAAGUUGACUGACAAUCACAAAGUUUAUUGCUGCUUUGUCUUUAAAAAAAUUCAGUCAUUUUAUCUUUUUAUUUAACAGAAAAAGUUGCGUAAAGUUGUUUUACAUUUUCUUCGCAGGAAGAUGAAAUUAUCCUUUAUAAUGAAGAGAUAAACCUAGGGUCUCGCAGACUAUCAAACGCCAGAUCAACAUUUUCGUCGCGCUCAGGAGUUGAUAAACUUGAACGAACAGGCUCACCAACUUUUAUGAUAAAUGGCCGAAUAUCUCAACACCAAAAUUCACCUGUUGUCAAUUUACAUUCUCGCCAUCCUGCGGGAGGAAGUGAGCCCAAAAUUCACACUCUUAUGCCAUCAAUCCAUUCCACUCUUCCAUCAUUACACUCGCAUUUAACUUCAACUCGAGAUCACUGUACGCACGGAACAGAACUUAAAGUUCUCGAACAGCGGAUUGAUAAAAUGGAAGCACGGUUGAUAGCUAUGGAGGACCGACUGACCGCAAAUUUUGAGACAAUUUUAUCUCACUUACGAAGCAACGGCAGUGGUGGCUCCGCACCUGAUCUUAGAGACACAAACGUUUGACGGGCUAAUGAGUGAUGAUUUGGUCACGUGAUCCAUUUACACAAUGUUCAAGAUCAACGAGGUGCCUUGCUUAUUACGGUUAUUGGCGCUGUUGUAAAUAAAGUGAAAAUGGUGAUCAUAUCUAGUUGUAUAAAGCUUUAAAAGCCAACGAGAGACAUUUAUCGGGGCGUGAGACAUUUAUCGAGGCAUGUGUACAUUGUAUAAACAAUUCCGCAUGCCACGAGUACAGCCCUUAAAAUUGAGUCAAACAACGUGUCAAUCCAAGGAUGACAAAAAAUAAAUUCAUUUUGUAGCAGGACGUGUAUCCAUAGAAUAAAUUGUUUAAGGAGAAAUUUAUUCCUUCUUACUCUAUUUACAACUUCUUUUCACUCACACAACGGUUUGGACAUCGCUAAAGGUGGCAGUAUGGUGCAUGCGUGUUGUAUAUGAAGAUAAUAAUAGUCAGGCCCAUUAUAGAGGUCUCUGUGGCUCAUUGACAGAGAAUCAGGGCUCAGAAUCCAAACUCCAAUGGACAGAUUCCUUGUUGAGGACCCUGUGACUGUUUAUGACCGAGUUUAAAGUUGCUAUCUUUAUUGUUCUUGUAGCUUGCUCAUUUUGUACAGAGUUAAUGUAAAUUAAGCUAUACCAUUCUGUUCUUGAAUUUACUAUGCUGCAAUGCCUUCAUCGGUUUUUUACUUCGUAUGUUGGAGCUGUUAACCAGUAUUCCUGAUUGUAAAAUUAUUUUUAUUGCAUAAAAAAACUCGUUCAGCUUUAAUCAAUUACAUUGAAGCCUCUAACAACCGAAAGUUAACCAUUGAAAAAUAUGUUUGACGACAGACCAUUACGGCUUUCAUGAAGUUGUUCACGUUACUUAACACACUUUUAGCGCAUUUCAAAGUUUUCACCUGAUCUAACUAGUAAUGAUGCUAUUAUUGUGAGUGGCACUACUUCAGCUCAGUGGAGAACAUAAGCUUUUCAAAUGAAACUCUUUUGGUUAAAAAAAUGCCCAAUAUAUUCAUUUCCGUGGGUUUAUUUAUACUGAUUUUGAGAACAAAUCUAUUUGAAUACUUUUUCACAAGUUUUUUGUCAGGUAUGAUAGAUAAAUAAAUACAUAAUCUAGAAACUGAUAAAUGGUAAACAGGAUUUGUAAUUAAAAAAUGUUUCUUAAAAGUCUUAAAUUAAAAGAUUUGUUGAUGAAUAUGAUCUCUCGUCAGAACGUUUAUUUUGUCUGUAGCAUUUUCACGCGCGCGCGCUUGUCUUCGUUAUCUCCCUAUCGCGCGUUCUGAUCACGUUAGUGUAAACUUGCAUCUUACGAGUUCGUUAUUUUUCUUUCGAAAAAAUACCGAAGACAUCUGUUUCGAAAGCUUUUCCAGGAAAAAAAGAUCCCAGAGUUCCGGUAAGAGAGACAUCUGACUUUAUUGUUCCUGUAUUGUUGUUUUCCCAUUUGAACUUGUUUCGAUCGGUAGAACGAAAACUUGCGUGAAGAGCAAAGACAUAUGCUAUCCUCAAAAAGCUUUCCUCUCAUUUGAAUUGGUGAAUGGCGAUAGUCUGUUACUUUUAUAACAUUUUCUUUGGCUAUGCAUUUAUCGAGUCGCAUCGAAAGUCUUCGGUGUUUCAGUAAACAUUGUCGGACGUGACGAAGACAAGUAUAGUUUUCAUGAAAGUAUGUUCCCAAAAUUUAACAAGCCAAUACCGUAUGACGUCAGUAUUGUAGAUUUAACACCCGUUCUCAUUUCUAACUCAAUGCAGCAAAGGGGAUCUAUGCUAAAACAACGAUCAUGAGAUCUGGGGUAGGUAUAUACACGUGUCCUGUCUUAACUAGUUCCUUUGGCUGAGCUCUACCUGCACAGACAUUCUAAGCUGAAGAAAACAAAAAUAGCCUUAGCUUUUGUUGUGAAGUCGGAAAGAAAAUGAACCCCAGCUGGCAAUACAAAAGUGCGCAAUUCUCAUCAUAGGAAGCCGUAUAUAUGUUUAGUAAAAAGUACUAAGUUAAAGAACCAUUCAGACUUAAUCUUAAUGCUUCUUGGCUGCCUCCAGUAUCUAAACGUACUUAUGUUUUUUUGUCACCACAGAGAAUAUACAGCAAGUCAUACGAGGCUAAUAACUCACCUUACAAAAACAAAACGUGCCUGAUACGUCAUGAUUCCCUCUUCAAGGCCGUGUGGGACUGGGUCAUCCUUUUUUUUGUCAUUUACACCACAAUUGAGAUCCCUUUCGAUGUAGCGUUCCUGAGACCGAGUCAGACUGGUGCUAGUACCUCUCGUUUUGGCGCCUUACUGGCUCUCUCCCCGAUUGUAGCCACGAACGUUUUCGCAGAUUUUCUCUUUAUAAUCGAUAUUCCGAUCAAUUUCCGAAGUGCAUCUAUCAAAAGGCAUUCCGAAGCGAUUAUUAGUGACCCCAAAGAGAUCGCAGUUCUUUACCUCAAGUCAUGGUUUAUUGUGGAUUUUGUGUCAGCUAUUCCGUUCGAGUUCUUAGUUGAUCCUCAGCAGGAGGGGGUGAGUAAAUCUUUGAUCAACACAUAGUCCAUAGUUCGUCAGGUAAUGACACCAUGGAGUUAGAUUCUGAUCACAGCGUCUAUACCUGAAACAACUUGCAGCAAGUAACACCGAGUAAUUGGCAAUUUGUAGUUUUACUUUGAUAUUUGAUAAUUUCCCAGUGUUUAUUUCACUUCUUAUUAAAAAAUAUCAAAAUGUUCAUAUCUAUGGAAAGCGAAAUUAGUUAUUGUAAUAUUUGUUCCAGGCCACCACACUCAUGGGUUUGUUAAAGACCGCGCGGCUCUUGCGCCUGGUGCGGGUGACGCGAAAAUUGGACCGUUAUUCAGAGUAUGGUUUAGCUGUCAUUCUGCUGCUCACAUGUCUGUUCAUGCUUGUUGCUCAUUGGCUAGCUUGUAUAUGGCAUGCUAUUGGAGCGUCUGAGGCACAAAGUGAGAUUGGCUGGCUAGCUUUACUCGCCAAAAACACCAACAAACCAAUAAAUCAGUCUAUUCCAACAAGUGGACCAAGCCUUAAGUCUAGGUACCUCACUUCUCUAUAUUUUACUCUGAGCAGUUUAACCAGUGUGGGGUUUGGAAACGUUGCUCCUACUACGAAUUAUGAGAGGAUUUUUUCCAUUAUCGUGAUGCUUAUGGGAGGUGAGCGAUUUUGACUAUACUAUGCGGUUACGGUUUUUUUUUCCAUGUGUCCACCACUAGCAUCAUUAAAUCUAUUCACUUUCAAGACGAUGACUCGCUGAUGAUGAGAGUCCCUUUAAAACAGGGUUUAGACACAGUUGAUGGAAUUUUUGAUAGAAGAUUACUUUAUUUCAUUACAUUAAGCCCUGAUGUACGCCUCCAUAUUUGGUAAUUUGACGGUGAUUAUCCAGAGGUUGUACCUUCAGAAUUUUAAGCAGCACGAAGGCCUUCGACUCGUCCGGGACUUUGCGCGCUUCUACGAGAUACCGCAAGCUCUGCGGGAAGAUCUUGAGAGGCACGUGAUAAAUGACGCUUGUGCAAUGACAAUGUCGGAUAUCAAUGACGUAAGUUUUUCAAUUACUUUUAUUUGGCUCACAUUUCUCCUACCUUCCCUCCAAAGGGGUUCCUUCAUUUUAGUAGGCGAUUCCACAUUAUCAUUGCCUUCUUGCUUUUAAAAUAAGUUUGAAAAAUUUCGCAUCCUAAACGAGUAUGGAUAAAGGAUGUUUUACAAUUUUCUGCAGAGUAGAGCUUUAAGGGCUUAUUUUGCACGUAGAUAAUUAUAUCCUGAUAUCAUGAGAUAAUAAUGUCUUGCUGAUAUACAGUUUGUUCAUCUUUGCCGAAGGUACUGAGCUUGUUCCCAGACAGUCUCCAAAAUGACAUCUGUCUUCAUAUCCAUGGUAAACUGUUCAAGGAGAAUUCUGCCUUCCGCGCUGCCGUUCUUAGUUGUAAGCGUUCGCUCGCCUCAAAGUUGAAGAUUCAGCAUUUUUUACCACGUCAGUACGUGAUCAAACAAGGAGAUGAGAUGAACAAGGUUUUUUUUGUCGUAAAAGGAAUUGUUCACGUGACGCUGGAUGAGAAGAUAAUUCUUGCCCUUGGUAAGGAAAUUUAAGAGCUGUGUACUUGGCGUGAGUGGACCAUAUUGUCAGUUCAAAUAUCUUCCUUGCAAACUGUUUCGAAAUCAGUUAUAUGGGCUUUCAGAAAUUAUACAACUUGAACAAAAUCUACGCGGCACAUUGUUAUAUCCUCUUUUUAAAUCUAGUUGUGUCAGCAUAUACCCCAAGCCGCGUGCGUAAUUUAUUGACAAAAGUCUUUUUAUACCUAGGGAGGGGUGAUACAAUCUACAGCGAAGACAAGUCCUCAGAAAUCAAAGCACGGGCUGUUGCCAAUGUGAUCGUACAGACCCCCUCUGACAUUCAUUACAUCGAAUGGAGCGAUCUAACAGCCAUUUUCAAAAUGUAUCCUGUAUUUAGAGAAGACUUCUUGGCAAGGAUGGUCUUCGCAUAUCAAAUUGGACAUCACAAGAAAGUGUGUUUAAUUUAGAUGUGAUGGGGCAUUUAAUGGCUCCAUUAACUAAAACUUUCCGUGCAUAGUACACGCUUUCCUUCAAGGGACGUCUGUUUAGUAUAAUUUUCGCACUUAACCGGGAGAGGGCGGGGUAAAUUAUACUUAUUCUUAUUCCUAUGCGGACAGAGGCUCUGUCAGAGUGAAGAGUCUUCCGCAAGAAUACAACUCAGUGCGCAAUUAAAACUGAAAAAAUUUAAAUUCAAAGUUCGCUUGUAAAGAAUACCGACAGGAUACAAUUAGUGCUCAUUAGUGUGCUUUAAGGAGCCUUAAGGACACAUAGAUAUAAAUUUUGAAGAAAUUAUACCCUGAAUUGUUCAACGCACCCGUGUGAACAAUUUUACACUGAGGGGAAAAGCUUGAGGGUGACACUUGUCUCUGUGAUAAUAUCUAUAGUCAUGCGAUUCAAAACUAGGAAACAUCACUGUAAUCGGACGAAAACAAAUUGACAAUUCACAAGUUAUGAAUCACAACUUAUUGAGGAAGAAAACAGAGGUCGGGAGAGAAUUUUCUAUUCAGCCCCUGAGUAAUUGCUCCUUAUUGUGUUUCCUAGGAGGAGGAAGACGUUGAACUGUUCGAAGACUUCGGAGACGGAUCUUCAAGGAGACUGGAACCCAGUGCAGAAACAUAUCUUAAGACAGAUGUAGAAUCUCCAAAUCCGAAGGAAGACAUGAGUAAUCUAAUGGUUCGACCGUCUUCAAGUUCAAAUGAAAUGAAAGAUGUUCAAGACAACUUGAAGGUCAUCGACCAAAGACUCUUACAUAUGGAAAGACAGCUGUCAAUAGUAAUACCUCUGCUAAACAAGAUAUCAGAAGUAAAGAGGGGUGGUACGGGAAAUAAACUGCUAGGCGCAGGGGGGGAGGAAUGA